AUGUGUCUAGUCACACUGCUCACGCAGAUUCCCCUUCGGUCCCCGGUGCUCCCGCCCACCUCCGCCGCCGAAAAGCUCGACGCGAUGAUGGCGCGCGGUCUUGGGUCAUCCGCGCCGCUAGGCAUCUGGGCUGUAGCAAUAGCUGCAUGGGGCAUCAACGUGACUGCAUUCGACUCCAAGCUGCUCCCGUCGCUGGUGAUGGCCGAUUAG